CGUAGCUCUCGUUCACGUGCUGUGAGAUGGCGGACACUUGGAGUGAAAACGUGGACGAGAACAACACUGAACUUCCUGAAAUGACCCAAAAGAAAAAGAAGGAAAAAACGAAUUGGGACGCUGAGGACGAGGAGCACGACGAGGUCUUCAGUACCAAAGUGUCUGACAAAGAGGAAGAUGACGAGUCAGAAAGUGACGAGAGCGUUUUUUCUGGACUCGAGGAUUCAGGGAGUGACAGUGAGGAUGAGGAUGGAUCACAUAAGGAUGAAGAUAAUGACGCGAGGCAGACCAAUGUGUUGAACGAUGGAGAUGGCGAAACGAAAGAGGAGUACAACCAUGACUCAUCGGACGAAGAAGACAUCAGGAACACGGUGGGGAACAUUCCCAUGGAGUGGUACAAAGACUUCCCUCACAUUGGCUACAAUUUGGACGGAAAGAAGAUCUACAAGCCAAUCAGAAACAAGGACGAGCUGGACCAGUUCUUGGAUAAAAUGGAGAACCCUGACUACUGGAGAACGGUCCACGACAAGCAGACGGGAAGCGAGGUGGUCCUCUCGGACGAGCAGGUGGCGCUGGUCAAGCGCCUGCAGAGAGGACAGUUCGGAGACAUCAACUUUGACGAGUUCCAGCCCUCGGUGGAUUUCUUCACGAAUGACGUGAUGCUUCAUCCGGUCACCAACCGACCAGCUGACAAGCGCAGCUUCAUCCCGUCACUCAUAGAGAAGGAGAAGGUCUCCAAGCUGGUCCAUGCCAUAAAGAUGGGCUGGAUCAAGCCUCGCAGAGUACAAGACGAUAGUAGGGGGCGCUACUAUGACCUUUGGGGCAACGAGGACUCUUCUCUUGUGGCCAAACACAGGAUGCAUCUGCCUGCCCCCAAGAUCCCGCUCCCCGGCCACCAGGAGUCCUACAACCCUCCACCAGAGUACCUGUUCACGGAAGAGGAGCGAGCUCUGUGGGAGCAGCAGGACCCUUCGGACAGGAAGUUGCCCUUCGUUCCUGUGAAGUUCUCCAGCCUCCGGCAGGUUCCGGCCUUUCCUCGUUUUAUCCAUGAGAGAUUUGAGCGCUGCCUGGACCUUUACCUGUGCCCCCGCCAGAGGAAGAUGAGGGUCAACGUCAAUCCCGAAGAUCUCAUUCCAAAGCUUCCUAAACCUAAAGACCUGCAGCCCUUCCCCACCACACAGUCUCUGGUUUAUCGUGGUCACAGCGGUCUGGUUCGCUCCAUCAGUGUUUCUCCAUCAGGACAGUGGCUUGCGUCAGGAAGUGACGAUGGCUCUGUCAGGUUCUGGGAGGUCAGUUCUUCACGCUGUGUCAAGGUGGUCCAAGUGGGCGGAGCUGUGAAGAGCGUGUGUUGGAACCCUAACGCAUGCGUGUGUCUCCUGGCUGUCGCCCUGGACUCGCUGGUGUUGAUCGUGUCACCAUCGCUGGCAGAGCGACAGGUUGUCUCGUCCUCGGAACGUCUGCUGGCCGCUUAUCAAGAGGCGGAGCCUGUGGAGUCCGUGGGGCCCGUUAGCUGGAGCGACGCGGAAGGCGAGGAGCAUCACCAGGGCUUACGCCUGAAAAUACGACAUCCCAAAGCCGUCAAGCAGGUGGCGUGGCACGCCAAAGGCGACUACCUGGCCUCGGUGAUGCCGGACCACUCCAGUCAUCAGCAGGUGUUCAUCCACCAGCUCAGUACGAGACGGAGCCAGAACCCCUUCAGGCGGAACAAAGGCCUGGUCCAGAGUGUCUCCUUCCACCCCGUCCGGCCGUACUUCUUCGUGGCUACGCAGCGCUUCAUCCGGAUUUACAAUCUGGUCAAGCAGGAGAUGACCAAGAAACUCCAGGCCAACUCCAAGUGGAUUUCCAGCAUGGCCGUCCACCCCGGAGGUGAUCAUGUGAUCUGCGCAAGUUACGACUGCCGACUCAGCUGGUUCGACCUGGACCUCUCCACCAAGCCGUACAAGAUGCUACGGCACCACAAGAAAGCUGUGAGGGGCGUGGCCUAUCACAGACUUUACCCGCUUUUUGCCUCAGCAUCUGAUGACGGAUCUGUCAUAGUCUGCCACGGGACAGUUUACAAUGACCUGCUGCAGAACCCGCUCAUUGUUCCAGUGAAGGUUCUAAAAGGCCACACAGUCACUCAUGAACUUGGCGUCCUGGAUGUGACCUUUCACCCCACACAGCCUUGGGUCUUUUCGUCCGGUGCCGAUGCCACCAUCCGCCUCUUCACCUAGUGGCCCGCCUACCUGUCAAUCAUUGAUCGGGGUGCAAUAUUGCUUUUC